AUGCUCUCAAACGUCUUCUCCGUGCAACUUGUUGACCAGGAGCCUUUCUCGCCGCUGCCAUUCGGAGGUGUGGUCCUCCUGUUCGUCUCUUUCCUGCUCUAUGUCCCAGGUGCCUCGUCAAAGGAUGCCUCGACUUGGAAGCAUAAAGUGGCGCAGCUCAUUCUGGAAGGCGUCAUUGCUCUCCUCCCAGGAGUCAUCUGCCUGUUUUUGGCUCUAGAAUGGGGUGGUUUUACAUACAGUUGGAGCAAUGGGCGUAUCAUCGCCUUACUUACAGUCACUUCCAUACUGUGGGUCGCUUUCAUCUUGAUUCAGAUCUGGAGACCCAAGACAGCCACUGUGCCACCGCGCAUUUUCAUCCAGCGAAGCAUCCUCGCUGGCUUCUGGGGGAGCUGCACGGUGGGUGUGCACAUGACAAUGUUUGUUUACUAUUUCCCCAUCUGGUUCCAGUCGGUAACAAGUGACUGCGCCAUCGAGAGUGGCAUCCGCCUGCUGCCUCUGGUGAUUGCCAUGGUUGUUUCAUCCAUUGUCAGCGGCGUGGGAAUGACUAAAGUGGGCUAUUACACGCCGUUCCUGAUCGCUGGCACAUGCAUGGCACCCAGCGUCGCUGCGCAGACGGUACUCCCCCGCAAGGAAGUGGCCAUCGGCGCUCCCCUCAUGCUUUUCGGUCAGACUCUCUUCGGCGCCAUAUUCGACUCGGUUGGCCAGAACGUUCUCGGCCAACAUCCGGCUACCUCCCUUGCACGCAUCUAUGGCAUUAGCAUCAGUUCUGGGGAUAUUAAGAACGCUGGUAUCACCGGCCAUUCCAAGAUCAUUCCGUCUCACUUAGGCAUGGAAUGGAGCAAUGUCAAGGAGGAGGCCAAAAAAGGAGAAUCGAGGAAUCCUACUAGCGAAAACGCUGCUGAAGAUGGCAAGAGCUUCAAUGCACCACCGAGUGAUGACGAAGGAGGCAGAUAA